AUGACACGAGAGUCGGCCACGGGUAGUACGUCUGCCUUCCCGUUUUUUAGAAGUAGACCGGCUCGGAUCCUCAGCGAAGGGGACAUUGAUAGUGCAGUCAAGACGAUGGUGGCGAGGAUCACUGGUCUUAUUGAUAAGUGGGUGCAGAACGGAUCUGACUGGAUCGUUUCUCGAGUGAGGCAGCUGGAUGUGUCGACAGCAAAGUACACUCCUCUUCGAGGUGGUGCAGCUGAUAUCCCGCCCAAAUUAGAAAAAAAGAAGGCCAUCAUUAACGUAAAGAACAACGACGACAGGUGUUUGAUGUGGGCGUUGUUGUCAGCGCUGCACCCAGUCGAACAGAAUGCAGGGCGUGUGUCCAGGUACACCCAGUACGUUGAUGAGCUGCGGUUCGACGGUGUAAUGUUCCCUGCAACGCUCCGUGAUGUACCCAAAGUGGAGUUACAGAAUGGUCUUGCAAUCAAUGUGUUUGGCUACGAGGGGAAUCUGUACCCACUCUAUCUCAGCGAGCGACAGGAGACUCCCUUCAACCUGCUUCUACAUGACAACCACUUCACAUGGAUAAAAAACUUCAGUCGUGCAUGUGAGAAUAAGAACAAGCGGGCAACACACUACUGCUUCCGAUGCCUCUCCGCACACAAAACAGCAGACUCCCUGCAGCAUCACAGCGAGAGAUGUCAGGUGAUGAAGCCCGUGCCAGUCGUCAUGCCCACAGCAAAGGACAGCAUCCUCAAAUAUACAAAUUUGAAGCACAGGAUGGUGGCUCCAUAUAUCAUUUACGCUGAUACGGAGGCCAUCAUUGAGCCGAUGGAGGAACAGCAUGGCAGCAGCACUGUACGCACAGCACGACACGUGCCAUGCAGCAUCAGAUAUGCUGCCAUCCGAUCCAACGGUGAAGUCCGGGGCGAGUUUGACGACUGCAGUGAGAAUGCCAUUCACAACUUUUUCGACAGUCUCAAAGAGUUGGAAGGCAGUAUCCAGGAGGAUUUGGCUGAUAUCAAGCCAAUCCGCAUGACGGCAGAACUGGAGCUUGAGUUUCAGAACGCAGUCAACUGCUGGAUAUGUGACGAAGUACUUGGAGAAGAUCGUGUUCGUGAUCAUGAUCAUCUCACUGCUGUUUGCAUCUGUGUUUUAUCACGGUGUAUUGAAUUGUAUUGUCUGUGGUAUCACCUUCACUGUAGAUGUUUACUAUGUUUGUGUAUUCCCCUCUUUCUGAAUAUCUGCACAGGCGACUACCGUGGUGCUGCACACUACCAGUGUAAUAUUCAGCUGAGUAUCUACCCAGAUCGCCAGAUCAUUCCGGUUGUGUUUCACAACCUGAAAGGGUACGACGCUCACCACCUCAUCGCCCACAUUGGUAUGACCGAGGUUGAAGAGGUGGAGUACGAGGACUCUAACCAGCGUAAGCGGAUUAAGAAGGUUGGUGAGAUCAGUGUCAUCGCCAACAACAUGGAGAAAUAUAUUUCAUUCAAGUGGCGUCAGUACCGCUUCAUCGACUCCAUGGCCUUCUUGAACUCCUCUCUGGACUCGUUGGUGAACAACACCCCGGAAGAUGCCUUCAAGCUUACUCGUACAAUGGCCCAUCAUGACCUUCUCCUGCGUAAGGGUGUCUACCCCUACGAGUACAUGGACUCCUUUGCUCGGUUUGAUGAGACACAGCUGCCACCUAAAUCAGCAUUUGAGUCUAGUUUGACUGGAGAAGGUAUCAGUGAUGCCGACUAUGCCCAUGCUCAGAACAUAUGGCAGACAUUUGAGUGCAGUACAAUGGAGGCCUAUCAUGACCUCUAUUUGCAAACAGAUGUCUAUCUCCUAGCAGAUGUCUUUGAGCAUUUCCGCAAGACGGCAUACAAGACGUAUGGGUUGGAUCCAGCCCAUUACCUUACUCUCCCAGGAUAUGCAUGGGAUGCUCUACUACGGUUCACCCAGAUUGAACUGCAGCUGCUCACGGAUGUAGACAUGCAUCUGUUUGUCGAAGCCGGUCUACGUGGGGGCAUCUCAAUGGCGUCGCAGCGGUACGGCAAGGCCAACAACCCGACGAUGGAUCAGUACAAUCCUGCCGAGCCCACAUCAUACCUGCUAUACCUUGAUGCCAACAACCUGUAUGGCUGGGCUAUGUGCCAGAGUAUGCCGACGUCUGAGUUUGCCUGGUGUGACAAGAACCUGUCCGAGAUACUGGCACACCCUGUAGAUUCGAGCACUGGGUUCAUUGUGGAGUGUGAUCUUGAGGUACCCUCUUCGCUGCACCACUACUUCAAUGAUUAUCCACUCGCACCGGAAGUGAUGAGAACAUUCUCAGAUAAGCUAUCACCAUACCAACAAGCACUUGUGGAGGAGCUCAAAGUGUCAGCCGUGGAUGGAGUCAAGUUGACACCCAGUCUCCUACCCAAGUCCAAGUAUGUGUUACACUACCGUACACUGCAGCUGUAUUCGCGUCUGGGCAUGGUGGUGACCGCUGUUCACAAGGUGUUGGGAUUUCAGCAGAGUGCCUGGAUGGCUCCCUACAUCAAUCUGAACACUGCACUUCGCACGAGGGCUACAACCGACUUUGAGAAGAGCUUUUACAAGCUGAUGAACAACUCAGUCUUUGGCAAGACAAUGGAGAACGUUCGUAAUCGAACACGCAUCGAUCUCUUGCGAGAAGAAAGUGAGGAGCAGGUACUGAGGGCAGUGAGCAAGCCUACAUAUGUGCGGCACGACAUUUUCCCGAACGGGCUUGUCGGAAUAGAAAAGCAGCACACUGAGAUCAAGCUCAACAAGCCGGUCUAUGUGGGUAUGUCGAUACUAGACCUGUCAAAGGUGCACAUGUACUCAUUCUACUACGAUGUGCUGAAGGAGCAGUACGGUAGCAGAAUCCGGCUGUUGUACACCGACACCGACUCUGUUAUUGUGCACAUAACCACCGGUGAUGUUUAUGCGGAGAUGGAUCUGUCUCUGUAUGACACCAGCAACUUUCCCACUGACCAUCCUCAGUACACUUCUGCCAAUAAGAAAGUGCUCAUCGGCAAGAUCAUCUUGCCAAUCCCCACCAACCAUGACUUGAUCGUUGUGAAGGGUAUCGUGAGAGAACGUACAGGAGAGGAAUUCCAAUACUCCGUCUAUACCAGUCUUUGA